AUGGAAAAAUUAACUGUAGUUAAUGAGAAACCACAAAAUAACAAACUAUUUAGUGAAUCAAAGAAUGACAAUCAAGGUUUAUCAAUCAUUAAAUAUCCUCAUCUUACUGAUCUUAUACUUUAUGAAGUUCAUGAUGAUUAUAUCGAACAAUUUCUAGAUGAUGCGAAAAUGUGUUUGCCGAAUCAUGUUAAUCUUUCUAUCGAAUAUGAACCACUUAGAAGAGUGACACAUAAUUUUACAAGAAAUGCAACACGAUCUAAUUGUGCAAAAUUGAAUUCUUUAUAUUUGAAUGGUAAACGUCGAGCUCGUAAACUUGUAAAAACUUCAUUAAUCAAUGAAAACCAAUUGGCGAUUGAAGUAGAGAGAAAAUUGAAAAAUAUUUUGAAAGCUCGUCGUCAAACAAGAAAACGUAAAUUAAAACGACAACAACAUGAAGAAAAACAACAAAAAACAACAACGGCAUCAGGUAUUGAUCGAACAGGUUCAGAUGAUGAUGAUGAUGAUGAACCGCUCGAUUUAACAAUAAAAUAA